AUGGAAGAUCACGUCGUGGCUUCUCGGAAUAACAAGGAAAUUGAGAGCAUCAGUUCCGAGAUUAAGAGGCUUUUGGGGGAGCUCGAAGCCGUCAAGCGAGAAGGGAAAAGGGAUGUCGGAAAGAUUGAGGAUUUGACUGAGUAUUGGAGGAGAAUUCGCCAGGAAAACGAGGCUCUUAUGACCCAGGUAGUUGCUCAGAAGGCGAAAGUCGCGGCACUUGAGGUCGAGAGGGAUCAGGACAUUCGUCGUGCUUCUCACAUUGCUCGUCGUGAUAUCGAACAGCAGUACCGAGAGAUCCUUGGAUCUUUGAAGGUUAAAUGGACAAACAAGAAGAAAGAGGUGUCUGCUGAGAUCCAAUUGCAAGAAGUGACCGCCAACAUCGAUCUUCUGAAUGAGCUCAAGGACGGGGGCCUAACCGUAGACGCGGAGCUUGCUCGUUUAAAAGAGGUGGAAAGGGAUUGUGAGGAUCUUGUUGCUUCAGCCACCGUGCUGAACUGGUCGAUCUCUGAGCUCGAUCUUCCUCAAAUCUUCGAGGAUUCGGUGGAUCAAAUCGGGGGGUCGUCUGUCCCCGAUGAUUCCGCUUCUAGCUAA